AUGACCGCGGCCGCUCGCCUCGGACGGCUCUCGGCGGCCACCCGAAGAAACGGCCCUUCCCAGGCCCGCGAGCGGAACACGGGCGCCGCCGGGCAACGGAGCGGGCCGACGACUCCCCUCAGGCUCCCUUUCCCGCCAAAACGCCGCUCCCCUCACACAAAAGAGUCUCUCUCUCGCGGGCGCGCGCCUCGCCCGCCCCCUCGAGCAGAACUCUCCCAGCCCCGCCGCCGCCAGGACCGGCCAGGGAGCCAGCGCCGCCCCGGCCCCGAGCGCCUCCGCGCCAGCCCCUCAAGCAGGAGCAGACCGGCCGGCCGGCCGCCAUUUUGCGCGAUUAAAGAGGGCGGCCUCCGCGCCCCGGCGCUCGCCCCCCCCCCCCCGUCCCCAGCAGAGCGUCGCGGCGGCGGCACAAAGGGCGAGGAUUUGCCGCUCUCUCUCCGCCCCCCUCCGCCUCGGGCCUCGAGCCCCGCACAGCCUCCGCCUGCCUGGGCGGCCAUGACGCAGCACUUCCCGCCGCCUCCAUCUUUCCUUCAGAGAAACCGCGCCCCUCCCCCGCCGCCGCCGCCGCGGCAGAGCGAGGGAGCCUCGAGGCCACCGGGAGGCGCCCCCAGACCUUAUCCGGGCCCCGCCCACGGCCCCCCUUUUCUUCCACCCGCAAAAGGGGGUCCCCACGGUCGCGUGCCACGUGACACCCAACGCCUCCCUUUACAUAACGCAGCUGGCCCUUUAAGCAGCCGCCGCCCAGCCUCGCCUCUCCUCCCCCCUCCCCAUUGGGCGGAGGGGGCCACAGGAGGCGGGAGGAACGGAGUGAUUGACGGCUUCCGCGCGCUCCCGUCCCCCCAACGCCCGCAUGCGGCAGUGUGCUGA